UCCAUGACUCCAUGCCUCAUUGGCACCAUUGAAGUAGCUGGGACCUAGUAGCCUGGGAGUUGAGGUUGAGAGAUGAAGUUCGGGAAGAGGCUCAAGAAGCAGGUGGAGGAGAGCCUCCCGGGGUGGAGGGACAAGUUCCUGGCAUACAAGCGCCUCAAGGUGCUCGUCCGACUCGUCUCCGGCUCCUCGCCGCACCGUGCCGCGGCGGAGGCUGCCUUUGUGCGGCUCCUCAAUGACGAGGUCGACAGGUUCAACGCCUUCUUCCUCGAGCAGGAGGAAGACUUCAUCAUCCGCCACAGGGAAGUCAGGGAGACGGUGAAGGCGGUGGCCGGCGAGGAGCCGUCCGAGGCGGAGCGUGCGGCGCAGAUGAGGAAGGUGAGGAGGGAGAUCGUGGAUUUGCACGGGGAGAUGGUGCUGCUCCUCAACUACAGCGCCGUCAACUACACAGGGCUGGCCAAGAUACUGAAGAAGUACGACAAGCGUACGGGGCGGCUGCUCCGGCUGCCCUUCAUCGAGGAGGUGCUCAAGCAGCCCUUCUACAGGACGGAGCUCAUGUCCAGGCUCGUCCGCGAAUGCGAGGAGACCAUGGAGGCUGUGUUCGCCUCAGACAAGAGUGGUGACUGGUGGACGAGGAAGCGCUGCACCGGCACCGAGAUGGCUCCUAUGGCAACAGCGCAGGGCAUCUUUAGGAACACCGUCGCGGCGCUGGUGGCCAUUAGGGAGCUCCGUAGCGGGAGCUCAACGUACGGGCACUUCUCGCUGCCACCAUUGGAAACGGAGGCCGCCUUGACUGAGCAGGGCCAGCUGCUGUCCAUCCAGGUUGCCGAUACAUGAGUUUAAAUGUUGCUAUAUAUAUAUACUAGCAAAAAAACGGAAGAGAAAAUAACACACGCUUUGAACGUAAUAUAUUAGCACAUUUGUGUUGUCGACGAUGGCCUCAGUGCUCACACAA